AUGAACUCAGCCAUGUUAUCACUGCCAAGACCUGGUUUCAACAAAAUCCCUGCUGCUCCAGUUUCCCUCUCUUCCUCCCAACUCCACCAUGUUCAUUCUCUUGUGCUGCCCCCAAUUCGAAGCAGCAGCGAUGCCGGCAACGGUGAAACCAUCAACACCGACGGAGGCACAUCUGCACCGAUUCCGCCGCCCAUCACACCGCCGGACGCGGUGGAAAUCCGGUUCAAAAGGGGUUCGAAGAAAAGAAGGAAGCAACUACGGGAUGAUGAUGAUGGGCAGUUCAAAAUGAAGACUGCCGCUCCAAAGAAGGAAUGGGAAUCCAUGACACUUACAGAGAAGGCAGUGGAGGUGUACAUGGGAGAGAAAGGUCUUCUGUUCUGGCUCAACAAAUUUGCUUACGCUUCCAUCUUCAUCAUUAUUGGCGGCUGGAUUGUGUUUCGCUUUGUUGGCCCUGCGCUCAAUCUUUACCAGCUGGAUGCUCCUCCCUUAGAACCCACCUCAGUUUUCAAAGGUUCAUGA